CCUUUAGUUACCAGUCGUACAAAUUUGUACGAUUUUGGCCCUGACAGCCAUUUUGAAUUAUUAAUAUCAGACCUGGUUACUCAGGCAGGAGCUGAGUGUAUUAUGGGAAAGUUAAAUGCUUGGCAUUCAUUUUGAAAUCGUUUUCGAGUAGUUUUAGUGACUUCAACAGCGUUUUUGAAAGGGAAGGAGACAUUUGUUGUGUACGUGGCUUUUAAAAAUGGCGUCCGGAAGUAUUCCUCUAGCUGAGGUGAUAAGAAAAUGUGUUAGAGGUGGUUCCGAUGAUGAAAACUCCGAUGAAAGUGAAGGUGACAUUUCAGAAUGGAGUGAGGAAAGUGAAGAAGAUUUAGGUUAUGAGGAACGAGAGGCUUCUGGCAGCAGUGAGCACAAUUCAGAUGCGAGUGAAGUGAAAAAUGACCCUGCAAGAAGUCUGCAGUGCAGUGUGAAGUUUGUAAAGUUCCACUUUGUGUCAACAAGCAGAAGUCUUGUUGGAAUAUGUGGCACACCAGAGUGGAAUACUGACUAAAUGCUUAAGAUCAGAACACAAUCAUGAAUUCUCAUUUUAUGUUACAUUGUUUUAUUAGCUUUCCUUCUGAAAAACAUAGAAACUUCUAAAGAGUGUUAAUGAUGAAUGCAACAAUACAAGCUCAUCAAUGCUCAUGACUUGUUUGAUCCAUUAUUCAAAGGCAGAUAAAUCAUGUGCAUGUAAAUAACAACCUGUGAGUGAUUAUCCAAAACCUUUGGGGGUUAUCAACUCCAGAAAGGAAGUUUUUUUGUGACAGCAACUGACACAAAGUUGGAGGUUUGGUAGGAAUAGAUAAGUUACCUGUUGCCGAGGCUUUUUAUUUUUUUCCACUCGCCGCCAUAAAAAAGGGCAUAACUUCAUGGUUAUUUAACAUAUUUCAGUAAGGUUUUCAGUAUUCUAAAGUGCAAAGGUGUGCCCUUUUACUCAGCAUAAAAUUAGAAAGGUGUCAUUAUAAGCACUCAAGAAUGAUCAUGUAGUGUUCAUGAUUGUUGCUCACUGAAAUUUUGAUUCAUGAAUAAAUUGGCUAGGGGAUAGCCUAUUUUUUUGAUAAAUUGUGCUGAAAUAUAGUGCAAGUGAAAGAUCAAUUUCUGAUGAUUACUGUGAUAUAUAGUUAUGGGGGUGGUAUUGAUUGACACUAAAAAGUUAUUUCCCAGUUUUUGUGACUAGGUGCGGUCGCAGUAAAUUACCUCUCAGAAACUUGGUAACUAAAGGGUUAAGUGUUAAUGUUAAAGUUUUUGUAGGCGCCUUUGAACAGUAGGAUACUGGCGCAGUAUAAAUCUUUUAUUAUUAUUAUUAUUAUUAUUAUUAUUAAGAAAGUAAAAACAUUUAGCUUAUAUACUUAAAAUUUUUGUACAAGGCCUCUGCAUAACUUGUGCAUUUAUUACUUUUCUUUCAAUGCUCAUCACUCGUUAGACUUCUUUAGUUCCUGUCUGAGAUUCUUGAGGGUAAUUCGGACACAUUCAUUGUACAAAAGAAUUAAUAUUCUUCUCAAGAUGUUUUCAAAUAGACAAAAACAUUGUGUCCUUCUUUGGUAUGUUCAUUUUUGUCUUUAUUAACUGGCUCUGCUAUGCAGUGCCAGGGCUCUUUAUACCCUUUUCUCCUUAAUGUCAAUAUGAUUAUUCUCCACACUGUUCUCUAUACAUUUCCUAAGGUGCUGACAAGGAGAAUUAGUUUAACAGUCAAGAGCCUCUUUAGUUGAUCAUUUCCUUAAUUCUCGUGACCUCUGUGUGAUUCAAAGGUGAUUAUUGUAAGUAGAAAUUAGAUAGUAGUCACUCUUAGAUGUAAAAGAGCUAAACCUCAAGAACAAUCAGUAAAAUUGCUGAAUCAUUCAUUAAAAUUGUAAGAAUAAAGCAAAUAUUUGACAAACCA